AUGGGACCAGUCGAGGCGGCCCCUGAAUACCGGGUCAUCGUGGACGCUAACAACCUGACCGUGGAGAUCGAGAACGAACUGAACAUCAUCCACAAGUUCAUCCGGGAUAAGUACUCAAAGCGAUUCCCCGAACUGGAGUCCCUGGUCCCCAACGCACUGGAUUACAUCCGCACGGUCAAGGAGCUGGGCAACAGCCUGGACAAGUGCAAGAACAACGAGAACCUGCAGCAGAUCCUGACCAACGCCACCAUCAUGGUCGUCAGCGUCACCGCCUCCACCACCCAGGGGCAGCAGCUGUCGGAGGAGGAGCUGGAGCGGCUGGAGGAGGCCUGUGACAUGGCACUGGAGCUAAACGCCUCCAAGCACCGCAUCUACGAGUACGUGGAGUCUCGGAUGUCCUUCAUCGCGCCCAACCUCUCCAUCAUCAUCGGGGCGUCCACAGCCGCAAAGAUCAUGGGGGUGGCUGGGGGCCUGACCAACCUCUCCAAGAUGCCCGCCUGCAACAUCAUGCUGCUUGGGGCCCAGCGCAAGACGCUGUCUGGCUUCUCGUCCACCUCUGUGCUGCCCCACACUGGCUACAUCUACCACAGCGACAUCGUGCAGUCUCUGCCCCCGGAUCUCCGACGGAAAGCGGCCCGGCUGGUGGCGGCUAAGUGCACGCUGGCAGCCCGCGUGGACAGUUUCCACGAGAGCACAGAGGGGAAGGUGGGCUACGAGCUGAAGGACGAGAUCGAGCGGAAGUUUGACAAGUGGCAGGAGCCACCCCCUGUGAAGCAGGUAAAGCCGCUGCCCGCGCCCCUGGACGGGCAGCGCAAGAAGCGAGGCGGCCGCAGGUACCGCAAGAUGAAGGAGCGGCUGGGGCUGACUGAGAUCCGGAAGCAGGCCAACCGUAUGAGCUUUGGAGAGAUCGAGGAGGACGCCUACCAGGAGGACCUGGGCUUCAGCCUGGGCCAUCUGGGCAAAUCAGGCAGCGGGCGGGUACGGCAGACACAGGUGAACGAGGCCACCAAAGCCAGGAUCUCCAAGACACUGCAGCGGACACUGCAGAAGCAGAGUGUGGUGUACGGAGGGAAGUCCACCAUCCGCGACCGUUCCUCAGGGACAGCCUCCAGUGUGGCCUUCACCCCACUCCAGGGCCUGGAGAUUGUGAACCCGCAAGCAGCCGAGAAGAAGGUGGCCGAGGCCAACCAGAAGUAUUUCUCCAGCAUGGCCGAGUUCCUCAAGGUCAAGGGUGAGAAGAGCGGCAUCAUGUCCACCUGAGGGACUGUGCCCAGGUGGCUGCCCCUGAAGCUACGGGCCCUGCCCUUCUGAAGGGACCCGGGUCAGGAUCGCGCUGGGAGUGUCCCUCAGCAGCCCCGCGCCAGGACUGUCCGAGGAGGCAUGGGAGGAGCCGGCCCCCUGAGCGCCAAGACGGCCUCCCCAUCUUGGGG